AUUUAAUAUUGUCUUUGUUAACAGAAGACUUUCAAAAGCUUGGUUUAGAAGGCACAGUUUCUUUUUUUGAUCGUAAAGUACAUACACGUUAUGGUAAGUCUUAAAAAACGAAAUCAUAAAAGAUCAAAAUGCCAAAGAAAAAUCAGAUACCUACACUAGUGAAUCUGGCAUUAUAUUCCAUUGGAGAAUUUGUGAUUACUUUUGGUAGAUAUUUAACAAAACAUGUUUGUAUAAUUUCCAAGAUUAAUCCAAAGUACGGGCAUACUAAGUUACAAUCAACAUUAAAUUUUAUGAAACAUUUACUGAGUUCCAAUGUACCUCAACAUUUAUAUGAUGAAAUGUCUAGAGCAGUAUUAACUGCAAUUGUUAAUUUAGUUCAGGAAACCAGGAGUACAUAUAAUGAUUAUGCUUUAACUACAACAUUUUUAUCAGUAAUGACAAUUGCUCUUCGUUUAACAGAAGUGGCUAUAGAUACCCACUUGAAAACAAUUGAAUUUUCUGCUUGGCCAAAAAUAAUACGACAUGUUCUCUAUAAUAAACUACAUAAUAUGACUGGACUUGAAGUUUUGGACUUAGGCUCAGGUUCAGCUGGGUGGAAAACAUCAGAUAUUGAGAAAAUUAUUGUCAAUGGAGUAUCUGCUAUGCCAAAUUUAAUGUGCUUUAUUUUAUGCUUUGAUUGUACAGAUAAUAUUAUAACAGCUUUAGCCCAAAAUUGUAAAAAGUUACAAACAUUAGAUGCCACUGCAUCUAGAUCUGUGACAGAACGUAGCGUUGAUUCUUUACUUUCAUGUAAAAAUUUAAAACAAAUUAAAUUACGUAGAACUUCUAUGACCAUACCCGGUUAUGCGAAUCUAUUUUUAGAACAUUUAAAUAUAGAAGAUAUCGGCAGAUGCGAUGAAUUUGGAUAUGUUUUAGAACUUAUUCAUCAGAAUAAAAUUAACACUAAAAGUACUUUUCGUAUAAGAACAUUUGAAAGUCGAAACUUUGAUAUGGAACAUUUGUAUCUUUUAGUUGAUAUGUGUCCAUAUAUUACGAGUCUUUGCAUACUGCGUGAUGAAAGAAUUGUUGAUUUGACAAUUCUAGCAACUCUUGAUCAUUUGAAAGAAUUAAAACUUCUGUCUUGCGACUUUUAUGCCCAUGGAAUAAAAACAUUGCUAGAAAUAAAAGGUCGCACGAUUAUGAAUCUACACCUGGAACAUAUAGAUGAAAUUGACUUAAAUGCACUUAUGGAUAUAAGUCAGUAUUGUCCGAAUAUAAAGAAUCUAGUUUUUUAUAACUGUGAAUUCUUAGAACAUGCACCAAUUCAUUCAAGAAAGUUUGCAGUUCCUCCGUUCGAAUUUUUAGAAAGAAUCAAAUGUGUAGUAGACUGUGCAAACAUGCAUCUAGAGUUUUUACUUUCUCAUUGUGUGAAUAUUAAAUUUAUUCAAUUGGGAUCAUCAACUGGUAUUGGAGAUGAAACAAUGAGAAAAAUAUUGUUGAAAAACUCAAUGAAAAAAUUAGAAGAGCUGAAAAUAUUGUAUAGUCAUGAUUUAUCAAUGAAAACUGUGCAGUUGUUAAUGCAAAACUGUGAUAAUUUACGACGUUUAGCAGAAUUAGAAAGUUGGGGAGGAAUAUCACCUACAGAAUUAAAUAUUUUUAGAAAUGAAUUGAAAUGUACUAAUACAAAUUUGGAUACAAGUCCAAGCUUGUCUUUUGCCUGAAUAAUGUAUUCAAAAUUGAUUGAAUAAUAAUGCAAAAUUCAAGAAAUACAUUUAAAAUAAAAUAUGAUAUAAAAGUAAUUAAAAAAUGCAAUAUAUUAAUAUAAUAAUUGUUGGUGUAUUUAUGAAGUAAUUAAAAGCAUCAAAAUUAAAAAAAAAAAAAAACGUUAACAUAUUUCUUUAUUUUAAAAACUAUAGUAUCAACAUAUUUUUACAACUUUCUAAUCUAGAUUUUAUUUUAAAGUUUAAAAUAGACUUGUACAUGUUUUCUUUUUUUUUUUACCGGUAAUGUGAACAAAAAGUUAUAACUAUUGAUUUAAAGUGUGAAAGUUUUAUACCUGGCAAAAAGAAUUAUGAACAUACUCGAAUAUCAUUAAAAGAGCGUUUUAAUCAAAAAUUUGAUGUAAUUGUAUCAUGGAAUCCACCAG